AUGGUUCAAAAAUUGAAGAUCCUUUGUUCGGCCAUGGACAGUCUGGGCCAUGUGAAUGCAAUUCUUGGAUUUGCCAAAAUUUUGGAGCAAAGAGGUCAUCAAGUGAUAAUAGCUCUGGCUCCUGGUUGGAAAUCGGCCAUUGAGAAACACAACUUCGAAUUCAUUCCACUAAAAUUGGAUUCAUCUGUAAAAGAGGAAAAAGAAGUCAAAGGUGAAAAGAAAGUUGGUGAUGAAAGUAAUGGUAAAGAUGAGGAAGCCAACUCAGUGGAGAAGGUAGAGGACAAGAGCAAUUCAAAUGAUUCUAAGAUUGUCGAUGCGAAAUCAGUGAACGAAUCGACAGUUACUAAAGAUGAGAAAAACUCGGAACUACCAGUUACUGAAUCAGAUACUAAAGACGAAGAAAAAAGCCCAGUUAAAAAGGAAGAGGACAAGAGCAACUUGAACGAUUCUGGGAUUGCUGAUUCGGAAUCAGUAAACGAAUCAUUAGCUACUGAAUCAGAAAACGAAUCAUCAGCUUCUGAAUCAGUAAAUGAACCAUCAGCUACUGAAACAGAAACUAAAGAUACUAAAAAUGUUGAACAACCAAACCAGAAAUUGAUUGGAAUGAUAAAUAGUCAGUUGAAAGGUUUCCGUUUGAAGCCUGUGGACAACGCUCGUAACUCUGCGCUAAAAGUACCUAUGUGGCUUGAUUGGUAUGAAAAACAGUUUGCCUUUGACGAUGCUUUACAAGAAGUAAUGGAUGCCGUUAAACCUGACAUGAUUGUAAUUGAUUUUAUGCUAAGACUUCCAUGUCUGGAAAAAUCAUCAAUUCCUUGGGCACAGCUGUGGUCAUGUAAUCCAAUCAUGUUGUAUAAUGGUCACUGUCCACCUGCAACUACAGGCUAUCCAACAGAUAGUCCAAGGGAACUCUGGGAUGAAUACAAGGCUUUCAAAGAUCAAGGAGACAUUCCAAUUGCUGAGUACAUUAAUAAAUGGUUGAUUAGUCGUGGAGUUCGUCCAUACACAAAAGAUGAAAUAUAUCAUAUUGGUGAAUCAAAAUACUUGAAUUUUUAUACCUAUCCAAGUAUCCUCGACUAUAAUGAUAUCGCACCCAGACCAGCUAAAUGGGUAAGAAUGGAUGCAACUGUAAGGGAACCCGAUGAUGCGACUCCUUUUGUUAUACCAGAAAAAUUAGCUGGUAAACCUGGCGCAUUAAUUUACUUUUCACUUGGUACAAUGGGUUGCGUUGAUUUAGAGUUGAUGAGACGAGUAAUAAGUGUUUGUGCCAAAUCACCACACCGUUUUAUUGUAUCCAAAGGUCCUCUUCAUGAGCAAAUUGAGUUACCAGACAAUAUGUGGGGUGAAUCUUACGUUAACCAAAUAGCUAUCCUUCCUCAUGUUGAUCUCGUUAUAACUCAUGCUGGAAACAAUACUCUAACUGAAAGUCUUUAUUUUGGUAAACCAGUAAUUCUGAUGCCACUCUUUUUCGACCAACUCGACAAUGCUCAAAGAGCCCAUGAAAAAGGUGUUGGUAUUCGUAUUGAUACAUACAACUUCCAAGAUUCGGACCUUUUGGAUGCCAUUGAGAAGCUGUUAAAUGAUGAACCAUUGAAGGAAAAAUUGGCUGCAAUUUCAGCUUCUCUCAAAGCAUCUACCUCAAAAGAAACUGUUUGUAAAUUGAUUGAGAAGACUGUUGCCUUGGGGAAAUCACCAUUCGAUGAUGAUCAAGUUGCAAAUAAUCAAGUUGAAUCAGAAUAA